AUGCACCUCCCUGACGAGCUUCUCGGGCAGAUAUUCAUGCACGUUGACACGCACGACGUCGACCAGAAAUUCCGCCUCUCGCAAGUCUGCUCGCAAUGGCGCAAGGCUGCGCUAGGACUGCGCCAGAUGUGGAAUCGAAUGUCCAUUAUGACACCGCAGGAUGGCCACCGUCUACCACUCCUCCUCGAACGGAGCGGGUCCGCAGCCCUUGACGUGGAAUUGCUCUGGCAACAUCGGUACCAGGAGCCAAUGCUCACUUCUUCCGAACGCGUCCUGGCUUCAACCAGCUUGGGCGGCUGUCGGGACCGCCUGCAGCGCCUCUUCGUUGAUGUCAACCGGAUGGAAACCCAGCAACUAUCCCCUCUACUUGCCGCUGGACUGAGCUUUCCCGUCCUCGAGAAUCUCGAGAUCCAGAGUUCUUACAACCGACCUCAGGCGUUGCGACUCUCAUUCCUUGCACCACAACUGAGGCGUCUGCGGUUAUACCAAAUGGACGCUGUGAAUUGGGGCCAGUUGCUUGCGCGGUCGCUAACGCAUGUACACCUGGAGAAGUGCUUCGGCGCGGAUCUAGACCUUCUUGAGACCAUCUUCAAGCAAUGUGCCCAAUUGCAAUCCUUAACCGUUCGCAUGUUGGCUUCCCCUGUGGGCUUUUGGGACUUGGAAACACCUGUCGCACAGUUGGUACCUCGUCUCCGAGCUCUGGAUCUGAGUGCCGACGUGACGGACCUUAUCACAAUCCUGCGCACCGGCUUCAGGGGUUUGCUUCUGGAUGAGCUGACUACCGAGACAUACAAUGGCCACAUGGACGAAGAAACGACCCAGCUCUUGGCCGAAGUGUUCAUGGGUAUAGACCCACUACACAGCUUGCAGUGCGUGGACGACCAGGACAUGAUCCUGCAUGACGCCUCAGGGCGGAUGCGUCGCAUGCGUGUUUGGAAUGAAGAUUCGAGCUGGAUCUGGCCGGACGUGUGGAUUGAGCUGGCUGACCGGCACAGGGCCUGCGACACGAUGAAGAAGUUCCGCAUCCGCUCUUUCGACUGGAACGACCUGGCGGGAGCGUUCAGCGAGCGCCCGCCACUCGCAGAAGAUAUCGAAGUGCACGUCGAUCUGGCCUCCAAUGUGAUCGAUGAUCCUUAUAACUUCGAGUACGACGAUCCACCAGUGCCGGAACUGGAGAAAUUCUCAAGAGGUCUGCGCUACCUAAAAUGUCAGAAGCUCGGCAGAAUCGUGUUCACCGACAACGAGAACUACGAGGGGAACAGCAACAUCAACGCCGGCUCGCGUGCCCAGGUCAUCCACACGCUACUGGAUGCUCUUGUUUGUGAAUCACCUGUCGUCGAGGUCUGUCUUUCGCAGGCGGGUCUUGAGAAACCCACCAAACAGCCAUACGAGGAGGUCCCAAUCGCGAUACAAACACUCUUGGACACCAAGGAUAAAUAUGUCCUGUGCCGACACUGCGCCACUGUGCUCUCUGCCAAGCAAAUGGCGGAUUUGAAGGCUGUUCUGUCGGAACAUCAGCUGAAAGCGAUUGUGUGA